GUAUAAAAGCCUCAGUUAUCUUACAAUUUGGCACAAACCGAGCCCUAGCUUACAGUGAACUAACGUCCUAGACUAAGCUCCCACAAUGAUAGCUAAGGUGAUCCUCACAUGUGCGCUGAUCAGCAUGGCGCGUGGAGGCCUGAUCGCGGCCCCUCACGGCGCGCUGUCCUCCUCGAGCCUGGUACUUGGAGGCCUCGGACAUGGGCUGGCCGCCCCGGCGCUGGGAUUGGGAUAUGGACACGGCGGUGUGGUCGCGCACGGGGCGCCUUUGCUGCGCGCGCCGAUCGGUCUGGCGCACGCCGCAGCCCCUGUUGAGAUUUAUGCCCACCCCCGCUACACAUUCAACUACGGCGUCGCCGACGGUCACACAGGCGACCAGAAGAGUCAGUGGGAGUCCCGCGACGGCGACGUGGUGAAGGGCCAGUAUUCCCUGGUCGAGCCCGACGGCACCGUGCGCACUGUCAACUAUUCCGCUGACGAUCAUAAUGGAUUCAACGCAGUGGUGAGCAGACAAGGGCACGCCGCGCACCCCGCCGUGCACGCCGCCCCUGCCGUCCUCGCCGCCCCCGCCUACGGACACGGCCUCCUCCACGGCUAAACUCCCUCCGCCAUCGACGACACCUAUUUAUUAAUUAAUACCUAGCUUAAGCACGGACGGAAUGCGACAACGAAACGAGAAUGCUUCACGGUUAACGUUCAAAGACAGGCAGUCCACUGGACAGUCAGCA